AUGACCCAGAAGACCCCAGAGGCACGUGCACACCUGUCAGGUGAAGGUGAGACUGAAGAUAACCAGCUCCCCCGACUCCCUACAGAAGCAGAAGCAGAAGAGCAGAACUGGAGCCAGGAAACAGAUGGUGAUGAUUUUGAGACAUUGUCCCAUCAGAGUGAAACUCGAUCAGACACAAAAACUGACCCCUUUGAGAGUGCCUCUGACACAGAGUCCCUCGCCGGCAGUGCCUGCCUCUCUCCAACUGGUCCUUCCAGAGACACAGAAGCAAGCUGGAAGUGUCCGGAUGCCCCAACAACUAGACCACCUCAGGAUCAGCCUUUGACCAGUGUCCUUGGGCUUGAUGCAAAAGAACUAGACUUGUCCUCUGACUUAAAGGAAAAAUUGGGCAAAAAUGAGUCGCUGUCCUUGGCUGACAUCACUAGCGGAGGGGAAGAGUCCCUCUGGGACUGUGUGACCAGCCUGGAUAAACUGCCUCUGCUAUCAGCGUGCGCCUCUCGGGAUGUCACAGGCACCCGCAGUCCCCAGUGGGCACAGAGGGUGACGGAUCAGGACUUCAGAGAACUUCGUGCUGUGACUCUCCAGAAAUCCAGUGGAGCCCAGGUGUGGGACAGAGGCAUGGUGGGUGGUUGGGUAGGGAGUGAGACCUCAGACGCCCCAGAGACCACCCUGAAAUCAAGAGAGAAGGAAGCAGAGGCGGGGAUGGUUCUAGACCUCACGUGUAGUGAACGUGCCUGGCAGGGGCUUUCCAGACGCCCAGCAGCCGCCGUGGCUCACCUUGGCCCUGGGCCUGAGGCGGAGGACCAGGGUCCAGGGGAUGUCUCCCAGCCUUCCUCCCCGAGCCUGCAGCCGACGCCCAGGGCAAGCUCGGCCUCUAGGAGCAGCUAUGUGCUCCUUGUGGAGCAGGAGGCUCUGCAGGCCCCGGGGACAGGCUGCCCUCCUCCAGAGCCACAGCUCACCGGCCUGGCCCUGGAGGAGGGAAGCCCCGGGCCUCCCCGCGUUGGUGCAACAUCCUGUGCGUUUCCCUGUGGCGCCAGGUGUGGGCUGAGGGAGGCUGGCGGGGCUCAGGUCCCCGGAGUGGAGAUGGAGGAGACGCUAAGCACAGAGGAUGAAGGCACGAGGACGCCGCCCGAGGCUUUCCUCACCUUAGAGAGCCUGGGGCCGCCCAGCCCGGAGAGCACAGGACGGGAGCAGGGCCUGAAGACCCCCGAGGCCGUGGAGGACCCGGGAGAGGGGACCGGAGGGCGCCCGGAGGGCUGCGCCUCUGCAGGGGCGGUGCGGGACCCCUGCGCCCUGGCCCUGGCUGGCAGGAACACGCACCCGCUGCCCGCCCCACCCCGCCGGCGCCCCAAGAUGGGGCUGGAGCCGAGGAAGCGCCUCACGUUCCUCAAGGUGACUUCCCUCAGGAAGGGCAGGCCGCUGGCCUCGAGCCCAGGAACAGGUCCGCCUCAGGACUGGACCACCGAGGGCCCAAGCUCCCCAGCACCGAGCCCCGCGGCCACCCCUGGCGGGGCCCCGGGGCUGCUGGACCCAGAGCAUGGGGGGAUGGCAGGGGACCCUGGGAGCAAACGACUGUCCUCUGAAAAUUGCAAUGCAAAAAGACUCAAAACAACAGAAAACAGGUUCCGGGCCAGGUUGGCCUUAGCUCAGAAGACUUUUUCCAAUUUUUUUGAGCCAAAAGUUCUAGAAAAAGAAAAGCUGGAAGAACUUUCUCCCGGUUCGCCCAAAGGCGAGAUGGAGAAGAGCUGGCAGCGUCUGAGCCCCUGGCGCGCACUCCUGAAAAGCAGGGACGCCGACGGCCCCCAAGGCCUCUCUGCGACUGCGCCUCCCUUCUCAGGACCCGAGGUCUCGCAUGCGCUCGGGUCUCCCUCCCCAGUGGCCAGCAGCGGCUCCGAGGAGUGGGCCCAGGACCCCGAGAGCUGCGACUGCACAGACUGCUGGACGCCCCCACACUCCCGUGCGUCUUUGGCACCCAGCAAGUUGGUCUUUCCAGAACACAGGAGGAAAAGUGAGCCAGCCAUCAAAUGCACGUCCCGCCAGGGGGGUGGCAGGUACCUCCCUGAACAGGGCUGGCUGAUGUCCAGCCCUGGGGCCCAGCAGCCUGACAUCAGCUGCACCCUCCCCUGUGGCUCGGCCUAUUGUUUGGCCUAUGAAAACCAAGUCAUGCCCUGCAGGCCCCUGAGCCCCAAGCCCAGGAGCCCCAGGCUCUGCUCACAGCAGACAGACUUUGGCUACCAGGGCAGAACCAGCGCCGUCUCCAUGGUUUCUCUUGGAAGCUAUAGCGAAGCCCACAACUGUUCCCAGGCCUCUGAAAGGCCCAGGACUCCCAAGUCCCGAGCAAGCCUCCUGCUUUCUCUGCAGACACUAAACCAGGAGGACCCAAGGGAAGAGGAUAGGAGCAGAGGCCAGCGCCAUGCCCGCCUGAGCCCAGCACCCUCUCUCAGAGACCUUCCUGGGAGCGAGAGCCUCGUGCCCUGGGGAGGACCGCCAGGCCACAGAUCAAGCUGCCUCCAUGGUCAGAAGGCUUGUCACACAGAGCCAGCUCAGAGGCUCUUCUCCACCACUUUUGCCGAGCAUGUCCCCAGGGAGGCAGCUUCACAGCCCAGGCAGUUUUCUCAGCUCUUGCAGGCCAGUGUGGAUGACCUGUGGCUGGAGAAGAUGCAGAGAAGGAAGCUGGAGACUCAGGCACAGGCUGGAGGCAAGAUACACACCAAGACUGCACACGUGGAUCGAGGACAGCACUGGAGGAAGAUGAGCAUCACCUCUCCAGAAUCUCUAUGUCUACCUCGAAGAAACCAUCAGCUUUCCCAGAGUGCCCCGACUGGACUGAACCACACAGGCUGGUCAGAGCACAUACCCAACACCGGGAUGCCCGAUGGAGCCCUGGACACAGCCAUUCGAACUGAGGAGGCAGGCAGUGAGGAAGAGCUGUAUGAGGACCUGCGUGGCUCUGGACACCACUACAGUCACCCUGGUGGAGGUGGUGAGCAGCUGGCCAUCAACGAGCUCAUCAGUGAUGGCAGUGUGGUGUGCGCCGAGGCACUCUGGGACCAUGUCACCAUGGAUGACCAGGAGCUGGGCUUCAAAGCCGGGGACGUCAUCGAAGUGAUGGAUGCCACCAACAGAGAGUGGUGGUGGGGCCGUGUCGCGGAAGGCGAGGGCUGGUUCCCAGCCAGUUUUGUACGGCUGCGGGUGAACCAGGAUGAGCCGGGGGACGAUGAGGCCCCGCAGGCCGGGGAUGGUGAACCAGAGGACCGUGGGGCUGAGGCGCAGAGCAGCAAGGACCAGAUGCGUACCAAUGUCAUCAGGGAGAUCCUCAGCACAGAGCGGGACUACAUCAAACACCUGCGGGAUAUCUGUGAGGGCUACAUCAGGCAGUGUCGCAAGCGCGCAGACAUGUUCAGCGAAGAGCAGCUACAGACCAUCUUCGGGAACAUCGAGGAGAUCUACCGCUGCCAGAAGGCAUUUGUGAAGGCCCUGGAGCGGAGGUUCAACAGGGAGCGCCCGCACCUCAGCGAGCUGGGGGCCUGCUUCCUGGAACAUCAAGCAGACUUCCAGAUCUACUCGGAGUACUGCAACAACCACCCAAAUGCCUGCGUGGAGCUUUCCCGACUCACCAAGCUCAGCAAGUAUGUAUACUUCUUUGAGGCCUGCCGACUACUGCAAAAGAUGAUUGACAUCUCCCUGGAUGGCUUCUUACUGACCCCAGUGCAGAAGAUCUGCAAGUACCCCUUGCAACUGGCUGAGCUGCUCAAGUACACACAUCCCCAGCACAGGGAUUUCAAGGAUGUUGAAGCUGCCUUGCAUGCUAUGAAGAACGUGGCCCAACUCAUCAAUGAACGCAAACGGAGACUUGAAAACAUUGACAAGAUUGCUCAAUGGCAGAGCUCCAUAGAGGACUGGGAGGGGGAAGAUCUCUUGGUCAGGAGCUCAGAACUCAUCUACUCGGGGGAGCUAACUCGUGUCACACAGCCUCAAGCUAAGAACCAGCAGAGAAUGUUCUUUCUCUUUGACCACCAGCUCAUCUACUGUAAGAAGGACCUGCUUCGCCGGGAUGUGCUGUAUUACAAGGGCCGGCUGGACAUGGACAGUCUGGAGGUGGUGGAUGUGGAGGAUGGGAAAGAUCGAGAACUUCAUGUGAGUGUCAAGAAUGCCUUCCGGCUGUGCUGUGGCACCUCAGGGGACAGCUACCUACUGUGUGCCAGGAAGCCUGAGCAGAAGCAGCGCUGGCUCAAAGCCUUUGCCCGGGAGAGGGAGCAGGUGCAGCUCGACCAGGAGACAGGCUUCUCCAUCACAGAAAUGCAGAGGAAGCAGGCCAUGCUGAACGCCAGCAAGCAGCAGGCCCUGGGAAAGCCCAAAGCUGUUGGUAGGCCCUGCUACCUGACACGCCAGAAGCACCCCACACUGCCCACCAGCCGGCCCCAGCAGCAGGCCUUGGUGCUGGCAGAGCCCAGGAGGAAGCCAUCUACCUUCUGGCACAGCAUCAGCCGGCUGGCACCCUUCCGAAAGUGAGCCCAACAGUCACCUGACAACACUUUGUGGACCUGCUGGCCCACAGCCCUCAGCUUUCUCCCCAGGCUCACUCCAACUGACCUUCCUCUGCCUAUUUUGCAAGGUACAAGUAAACAGGGCUGUAAUUGGGAGUUGUUCAUUGACACCAGGGCACACAGGUCCGCACUACCUUCCUUGGUUCCUCACUGCUAGUGCAGUAAGUCCAGCUAGAAGAGGCAAAGCCCUGCACGCGCAUGUGCACCUCUCCUGCAGCCUGCACUUGCCCCUCUUCCUGCACUCUGGACCUUCACGGGGCCUCCAUUAACCAGGAGGCUGGGAGCCACAGCACAGAACCACCAUCCAGGCUGACAACACAGAAGGCUCUGGCUGCCCUGGGACUCUGGAAAUCUAAUCAUCCCCACUCCUAUUUUCUUUGGGCAGGAGAGACCUACUCUAUGGCCAUCAGCUACCUGCAAAAGCCAGGCUAUGUGCCCUCUGCUGUCCAUUCAGGCCACUGGCCCUGGUGGUGGUACAGGGCCACUAAACCUCAGAAGACAGGAACCAAGAUUCUGUGCCCAAACAUCUAGCCCAGAGCUGACCUUUUGCUUCCCAGCCCUUUUAGACACUGUUGGCUGCUGGAAACCCUUUCACUUGUGAUGUGUGUAGUGGGAAAUACAAAAAACUAGUCAGCCACAUACUCUGGUCCAGGCUUGUGACUAGUCCACUGUAGCUGGGGCUUGGCUGCAGAACUACCUGGUUCCUGUUGUUUGGAUUUUGUCAUCUUGUUUUUUUCUAAUGAUGGCGAGAAUUGUUAGUGACACAGAAAGAUUGCCUUACCCUACUGAGCGUGAGAAGCCAUAAGGACUGAAUUCUGUGGUGCAGCAUCCAGGACUGACGCACCUACUCCAGGAACAGGCUGAGACCUGCAUUCUACCUGAGGAGCGGGCACCACAGCCCAGGCCUGUGUGUCAGUGCAGAGCCCACAGGAUUUAGCAGCAUGGACAGUCACUCUUGUACUUUACCUUCUCCA